CAUGAUUGUGGUAAGGGUCCUGAUGCUGGGGAGGGGUGGGGCGUGGCGGCGAUGGCAAAAGUGUGACUGGCAGCAUCACCGUCCAAUGAGCAACUAGUAAAACAGAACGUCACCGCGCCAUUAGCCAAUCACGGCUUCUGAAGCUGAGGCGAAACACGCCUAAUGUUGUUUGACAGCCGCUGAGGGAAGGGCGCAGGGAAGAUGAACCCGCUCAAAAUGUCUUGAGAGCAACUGCUUAUUCCGUUUAUCCCCUGCUGUUUACAAUGUUGCCGGCAAGACCGUGAAGAUUUGGUUUAAAGAAAGACAGAACGAAAAGCAGCACGUCGCGUUUUGGUCUCUCCAUGUAAGCUGGCCGUCGUUUGCUCAGUCUGUCCGUGUCUUGUGUUGUGAUUGUUUUCCGCUGAGAUGAAUCGCAGUUUAUUGCAGACAGAUAAGCUUGAAACCUCACUCACUGCGACGGGAUGAUAAUUCAGUCAGAGGAAAAAAGCGUCUACCUGAAGAGGAGGAGGAAAAAGUGAGAAUGUGCCGGAGCCCCUCAAGCAGUGAACUGCAGUAGUACUUCUUAGUGCGUUCAGCAUCUGUUCAAAUGAACCAGCAAGGUCGUUUGACUUGCAGACUGGAAAUAUGAUGGCAUGAAAUGAGUGGAUUCUGUUGGCUUUAAGUAAAAUGGACAGUGAUGUCAUGAAUGGCAGCACAUUUCUAGAUGGAGACUCUUAUACCCAUCAUUAACCGCCUGCAGGAGGUUUUCCUCACUGUGGGAGCCGAGAUCAUUCAGCUUCCGCAGAUUGUGGUGGUUGGAUCACAGAGCAGUGGGAAGAGUUCAGUGCUGGAGAGCUUGGUUGGAUGUGACUUUCUGCCCCGUGGCUCUGGAAUAGUCACACGUCGCCCUCUAGUGUUGCAGCUGGUGAAUGUGCCUCCACUGGAGGAGCGUCGGAAACAGGAGCAUGGAAAUGGAACCAAAGCAAACUCUCAGUGCAGCUAUCCAGGAAUCAAAGCAGAAGAAUGGGGAACCUUCCUUCACCGCAAAAACCAGAUUUUCACAGAUUUCUCAGAAAUCCGAAAGGAAAUCGAAGAGGAGACUGAACGCACCACUAACAGCAAGGGUAUCAGUCCGGAACCCAUCCACCUGAAGAUUUACUCCCCUAACGUUCUAAACCUCACCUUGGUCGACUUGCCUGGAAUCACCAAGGUUCCAGUUGGUGACCAGCCGGAGGACAUCGAGACUCAGGUUCAGGAGAUGAUUCUGUCCUUCAUUUCCAACCCUAACUCCCUCAUCCUGUGCGUGUCCCCGGCUAACUCAGACCUGGCCACGUCAGACGCUCUCAAACUGGCCCGUGAAGUGGACCCAGAUGGUCGGAGGACUCUGUUGGUUGUGAGUAAGCUAGAUCUGAUGGAUGCUGGAACCGAUGCACUGGAGGUUCUACUGGGCCGUGUCAUUCCAGUCAGACUGGGCAUCAUUGGAGUGGUCAACAGGAGCCAACAUGACCUGAACACCCAGAAAACCGUGGCGGAUGCUUGCCGUGAUGAACAGGCGUUCCUGCAGCGCCACUAUCCAUCGCUGGCCUCACGUUGCGGCUCACGUUACCUGGCCCGCACCCUUAGCCGCCUGCUAAUGCACCACAUCCGCGACUGCUUGCCCGAGCUGAAAACCCGCGUGACCGUGCUGAGCGCACAGUACCAAGCCCGUCUCAGCAGCUAUGGGGAGCCUGUGGAGGACCACAGUGCCACCCUUCUGCAGAUCGUCACAAAGUUUGCCACCGACUACUGCAACACCAUCGAGGGCACGGCCAGGCACAUCCAGACCUCUGAAUUGUGCGGUGGUGCUCGAAUCUGUUACAUAUUUCAUGAGACAUUUGGGCGAACUCUACAGUCCAUAGACCCGCUGGGAGGACUCACUGAGCUGGACAUUCUCACGGCCAUCCGAAAUGCCACAGGUCCACGGCCGGCGCUGUUUGUUCCAGAGGUGAGCUUUGAGCUCCUGGUGAAGAGGCAGAUCAAAAGACUGGAGGAACCUAGUCUGCGCUGUGUGGAGCUCGUGCACGAGGAGCUGCAGAGGAUUAUUCAGCACUGCUCAUCUUACAGCACGCAGGAACUCUUGCGGUUUCCUAAAUUGCAUGACUCAAUAGUGGAGGUGGUGACCAGCUUACUCAGAAAACGUCUUCCAAUCACCAAUGAAAUGGUCCAUAAUCUGGUGGCGAUAGAACUGGCAUAUAUCAACACUAAACACCCAGAUUUCACGGAUGCUGCGCAAGUGUCCGCUUCGGUUAACAGCCAGCAGACUGAGUCGCUGGAUGGAAAACGAUGGAAGAAUGAGAAGCUGCCAUCAGAGGAUAAAGGCUCUGUACCAGGUUUUGGAAGCCCUUCUAAAGCAGUAAACCUGCUGGACACGGCAGUGCCGAUCUCCAGGAAGCUGAGCGCUCGUGAGCAGCGGGACUGCGAAGUCAUUCAGCGUCUCAUCAAAUCCUACUUCCUCAUUGUACGCAAGAACAUCCAGGACAGCGUGCCCAAAACAGUGAUGCACUUCCUGGUGAACUUUGUGAAGGAGCGGCUGCAGAGCGAGCUGGUGGGGCAGCUCUAUAAGCAGCCUCUGCUGCAGGAGCUCCUUAUCGAGUCUCAGGACACAGCACAGCAACGAACAGAGGUCUCCCACAUGCUGGAGGCACUGAAGAAAGCCAACAAUAUUAUCUCAGAGAUCCGAGAGACUCACCUGUGGUAGCGCGGUGUCAUCAACAGCAGCGUGUUGAGUGUGUGUGUGUGUGUGUGUGUGUGUGUGUGUGUGUGUGUGUGUGUGUGUGUGUCUGUAUGUAUGUACCAAACGUUUCAUAUCUACAUCAAAUACAUAUUUAAAGACUUUCAGUGAGCACAUGCAUCAAAAUAUAUUUAUGAACACAUUUAUACACUCAUCAUUUUUCAGGUACUUGAUUCUAAUGUAUAUACACCUGUUUCUUUAAAUAUGCAUUUGAGGGUGCGUGUGUGUGUGUGUGUGUGUGUGUGUGUGUGUGUGUGUGUGUGUGUGUGUGUGUGAGUGAGUUCUUAUAAGGUGAGCUGGAGUGUUUGUUUACCCAUACUGUCGGCCAGAUAGAAAUCUUACCACUAGCAUGUCUAUUCUGUACCAAAGUCUUAGGCAUGCUGUGAAAAUGCACUGAGCUUUAAAGGAGUACUCCAGAAUUUUUCAAGCUAAUCUCUAGUAAUGCUCAGAUACCAGGCAGAGGAGACCAGUACACUAUUGGUUCUGUUUCUUGGAAACAAUUGCUCUAAAAUUAAAGAGCAUAAUUCAGAAAUGUGAUGCAUAUCAAAUAUUCACAGUGUUUUUAUUAAUGGAACUGAAUGCUGUACUUACAGCUAAUAAUCAUGAUUGAUCACAUCACAUAUUAAAUGGAUCAGAUAUUGGCCAGACACGAUACCGAUUUAUUUCCUGGAUACAAAUUGAUAAGUGUCAUUUCAUUCCACAGUGCACUUUUUUAUUAUUGGAACUGAAAAUACUGCUAAUAAUUAUAACUGAUCACAUCACAGGCGGUCUUAUUUUAAAAGAUGAAAGAACCUUUUCUUUUCAAAGAAGAAGUGCACCAUAUGUAUCUAUAAAGCGCAGCAGCUUGUCAGAAUAAAAACCCCCUGCAGGAGUGCUUUAAUUAUUCUGUUGUGCUACACACAGCAGCUAUUAAGUAACAAUUUCAGACUUUUACAUUUUAAUCAACCUAAAAUGGAAAUGAUCAGAUUUGUGGGUGAUUUUGAGAUAGGGGCAUAAUAAGUUGACAGUUAAGAUGUCUACAGUGAUCAGACUAAGUAACCCUAAAAAAUUAGAAGCAUAUGGUUAAUUAUGAAGUAGUUGUCCAGUGCACCUCAUUUUAAAGUCCUUAAUUCCCAAAAUGUCUUUGUGUGUGUACAUGGAAGAAUUGUGGCCUGUGUAAUCACUUAGAGAUUAUGUUGAAGCAGUACUGGAGUAUUUCUUUAAUUAUUUGGGCUGUGCUUCUUGAUAGAUACUUGGAAAUUCCUCAGACUCACUUGGAGGAGCUUCUACAGUUUCUGAAAUCUGCUGUGAAUAUUCUCUCUAUUUGCUGCCUUUCACAGCUAGAACUACACAUGACCUUGACUAAAAAAACUAUUUAUUUGAUUAGUAGUAAUGAUAAAGAUGAUUUAUUUUGAAAUGGAUGCGCACAUAGAAGGUUUUCAGCGGCCCUUCCUAUAAUGCUGAACACAGACCAAUCAUAGUUUGCCUGCCAUCCUUAGCUAAGCCUGUAUAAUUGUCCCAAAAAGUCUGUGCCAAUUCCAUUCUCAUAUUUGGAAGUGUCCUGAAUAUUAUUAAACCACUUCUGGUCCUCAUAUUUGAUAACGGAGUCCGCUUUCAAAUACACAGGAUUUAGUCUUGCUGUCUGUGGAAUUCUUUAUGUAGACUUUUGAGAAUAAAGCCCUAUAAAUAAUAAUACAUCAUGCAGAGCAUUGAUAUAUGUCAGUAAAUCUAGGCUGUAAAUAUAAAUACGGAAGUACAUGGUGUUUUUAAGUUAUUGGUGCAUAUUAAUAUGAAGCUUGGUUGUUGGAGCACCUUUGUUGUUGUUUUUGUGUUUACAGGUUACUUGUAAUAUGGAAAUGUUUAUGGAAAACGGGUUAUAAUCAUGGUUCUGACACAGCUCUUCUGGUCUGUGUGGUUCUAGUCUAUGAAGAAAACGACUGGUGCUGGAACUUGUGAAGGGGAACACGGACCAUUCUUAUUCUUUAAAGGAACACUCCAGUGGUUUUUUUUUUUUCCAAACUAAUCUGUACUGUACUGUACUGUACUACAUAGCACAGGCAAUUAUUUCAGCACAUUUCUCUGCAAUUAGUAAUAAUUGAAAACACAUUGGCUCACCUAAAAUAGAAGCUAUUGAGCAGUUGCUCCAUUCUGUGAAUAAAUGCUUGAAAUGCAUCACUAUAUAACAUAAAUUACAAACUGCAGUACUUACAAUAUUAAUAGAACAGCUCAGUGGAAAAACCAGAUCCGGUUACUUAUCUAAGGAUGCCCAUGUUUGGCUGUUAUCCAUGCGUGAUUAGGCAGGCACUCCACCCACAUGACCACUAGGGCCCAAGCGAUAAGAAUGUUUUAUGGCUGAUUCUGAUUUUAAGGGGCUAAACAUUUCAAUAGGUGAUGAUAUCGGCUGAUAUAAAUGUAUUUAUUUUUAUAGAUUUUAAUUCUACCCUCUAUUAGUUUUCCUCAGUUACCGUGCUGCUUAAACCCAACAGCAGAAGCCCAGACUUAAAUAAUUUAAACAUUGUUUUUUCUGUUUACCACUUUUUUCUUUCUGAGAGAAUGUGCAUCAAAAAAUUAUGAACUCAUCAUUUUUGAGGUACUUGUUUCUAAUAAGUAUGAGGAAAAACAUUAUUCCCGAGUGCUUAAUGUUUAAGUUUGGAAAUGUUUUAUAUUUCUUGUAAUAAUGCUAUUCUCAUACUGAAGGGUGUUCAACCUUCAUUGUUUUAGGUUCAGUAUAAUCAGUUCAGCCUACUAUGUGUUUACAAAGAGGUCUCUUAUCCUGGUUUCCCAAGUGGAAAAACUGUUGAAGAUUUUGUCUUAUCAGGAGGUGAAAAUCCUAGGAAUGCCAAGGUUGGAAAAAUUGGCUUUUAUUAGCACAUUAUAGGCAGUUUUUACCAGUGAAACCAGGUCAUUAAUAUUGAUCAGGCCCUGACCAAUACACUGGAAAUGAAUUACCAUAAUCUUCCCUCUGGACAACUAGUCCCAUCUCUGGAAAACUUCAUUUAUACCUCUGACUGGAAAAUUCAUAAAUGAUCUAUAAAGUAUUUCAUAUAGACGUUUACUGACAGAAUUCCAUAACUGCCUGUUAGCUUCUGCUAUUCGGUUAAAAACGCUGGAGUGUUCCUUUAAUGACGAUGAUCAAGAGGCAAAAAGUAAAGGGUACAACUAAUGGUGUAACGUUCCACCAUUAUGUUUCACUUCAUCUCACUCAAAUCAGUUCAGAUCAAAUUGCUGUCUGUGCUCUUUUUUUUUAAGCACAUUAGCAUAUGAUAAAUUAGCCGAUAUGUGCUCAAAAAAACUAGUCAAAGAAAAUGUGAUUACCGUUGUAGACUGCCAUGGUCAAAGGUUUAGAGUAGAAAAGCCACAGAACAAAAAGGCCUUUCAUUAGCAUCUCUGCUAUGAUGGAGAGGAAAUCAUAGCGCUUGUUGUCAGGGGCUCGACUGUCGAGUAAUAUUUAUGUGCGUCUGAGUAUUUAUAGUGCGAGUGCAAGUGAGUGCGCUAGAGGUUAAACGUCUGAAUUGAAGCUGUUCUGUCUGAAGCGCUCUGUAGUUCAUUGUGUUCCAAAGCAGAUGGUGGCCGCUGAGGCGAAAGGCCUUUGUCUUUGCUGUUCAGUCUCAGAAAUGAAGAUUUUCAUAAUUAAUGACCGAGAUGAAGCGGACACAUACACUGCCCAUCAGAAGUUUGGGGACACCUAGCUUUUCAACGUGUUCAAUACAAAUGAGCAUAUUUCCUAUUAUUACCAAUUAUUACAAUAUUUCACAGUGCAUCCUUCGGAAUAAUGCCAUACCCCACUAAACCCUACAAGCAUCGGUAUUGGCCCAUUUUAGGAGUAAAUAAUCCAGUCCUGCAGCAACUCUAUCCUGAAACAGCACUCACUCACUCUGUGUGACGUGAUUGAUGUUGGGUUUGUAUUUCUUGCUGUGGGGUUGUAGAAUGAUUGAGUAGUUCAAGCCUUAUAUCUUACAUGAAGUGCUUCAAGUAAAAGUAGCUUGUUUUCAAGCUUAGGAGUAUUUAAAGAAGAAAUAUCAGAUCAGUUCCUAUUCUCAAAGUUUCGUUAUACACAUAGGAAAAGAUGGAUGGAUGGAUGGAUGGAUGGAUGGAUGGAUGGAUGGAUUCUACAUGCUCUUGUUUAUGUCAGCACUCAGACCCUUGUGUUUCACAUGUUUAACCCACAUUUGGGCCCAAACGUGUUUUCAAUCUGCUUUUAACAAUCUGUGCUUUUAACACUAGUAGCAUCUAUUAGGCAAAACAUGCAAGACACUUGAAACUGAGUGGUGCAAAAUAAAUCCAAGUGCACAUGUAGAAAUGUUUUCUUAAUGAGAAAAAUUUUAAAAGAGAUCUACGAUAUGCACAAAAUACUAGGGCUGGCCUGAAUAAUUAGAAUACUUGAGUAUUUGGUUUAUUUCGGGUUCCAAAUUAAUACAGGGAAUCCGCGAGAAAUUAAACUGCAAUAGAUUUUAUUGUCAGAGGCCUUUACAGUCAUUGUUAAUAUGUGGAAAAUGUUAAAAAUAGAUCAAUAAUAGCUGGGUUUAGUUCAAAAUAUCAUACAUUCAUGCUGGCAUAUGCAUCACCUCCACCUCAGAGCGCAAGAGACUGCCAGUUCCCUGAUUACCACUAAUCUGUGGUGAGGAGGAUGAAACUGGGCAGCGCAGAGCCUCAAAUCAUUCACUUCACUUUUAGUAGCACGACUGACUCUCAGCUAAACUCAACCUGUGUGUCACCCUCACAGCUGCCUGCCGUCAAAAAAAGGCAAACUAACCAAAUAAAGUUAAUAAAGUAAAUGAGAGCAAGUAAAGUGAGCUGAACUGAAACCGCGAUGUUGGUGAUAAAAUGAUAAUUGUGAGCAGAACAAAACUCAUAAAAGCUGUAUUUGAAUGAGAGGGCUGUAUCUCGACUUCUAAAUCAAUAAUAUGAGUAUUGAUACAUUAUCGCUGCCUGCUGGACUAUAGUAACAAACAUACUUAAAGUUUUGGUUAAUUAUCAAAUCUAUUUAAGGGUGAUUCUGAGAGUGAGUAUUUAAGUAUUUGUUCAGGAAUACCAAGUAAUCGAAGCCUGUAGAACACCGUUCAGUCCAGCCGUACAAAAAGUGUUGCAGUUAUUUUACAACAUAAUGCAAUUGCAGUAUGCAUUGCAACAUUAAAACCCAUCGGUCAACCGAUUAUUCUUUUAAUUCUAAGAACAAUAAUAAUACAUUUUGAUUUGUCUGUGAUUGGUGAAGCCUUCUGCCCAGUGACCGCUGUGAUAGGCUCCAGCAGCCCUUACAGUACAGAGCAAAAUAUUUGCUCAUAACGCUUUUGUAAAGCUUUCUGCAGUAAUAAUAUUGCAAAGACUGAUAUUGUGAUGAUAAUUAACAAACAAUAUAUUGUGCAAGCCUUAAUUUCAAAGGAAGGUAUGGUGUCCCAGACCUUUUGAGGGGCUGUGUAUGUAAGUUCAGAGGUGUGGAGGUCCGUACUGAUGCACGUUGCUUAACUUUGCUAUUGUGGUGGAUUCGGCAGCCAGAAAGAAGGCAAAGCUGUGGCCUGUGCUGCAUUCGGGUGCUCUGAUGUCCUGAUCAGAAGUCAGGGUGAGGGAUCUAGGGGGGUAUUUUUCAUAAGGUCGGGUGUCUGCUCUCCCAAAACACAGCGGCUCCAUAUUAGAGAGAGAGAGAGAGAGAGAGAGAGAGACUAGUACUGUGAAGGUCAGCGUACAAUGAGCUGCUGAUCUGUCAAAGCCCUUAGAAAUGAACAGAUAAGAGAAGGAGAGAGGGAGACGGCGUGUAAGAGAGCAAGCUGUGUGUGUGAGCUCGAAGAAAGAGCAUGGUCAGUCAGAGGUCUUUGUGAAUUAAAUAAACUGUUUAUCCCCUCAGAGUAUUUAAUUACUGGUUAUGCUAACAAUCAAAAAAACGAUGAUAGACCAACAUAAAUGCCACAAAGCGUGAAGAAAAACGAGAAAAAAUAAAGCAAAUGUGUUUUUGCACCCAUUAACAAUACAUGCGAUUCACUGAGUGUGAACUGCGGCAUGCCCACUUCUUUUUUCUUUUUUUUUGGUCCAUCUCUCAUCUUAUGAGUCUCUCUCUCUGUGCUGUGGGUUCGCUCCUGUCCUUUGAUUUGACCAUACUUCCCUGCAAAUUGGAUAGCUUCUGUAUUCUGUGGAUGCAUGAGUCUGACUACUUUUUUCCAGACUUUGCUGUCUAUGAGUCUCUGCAUGUUAACUACAGUUGGUGCUGAAGUUGAAAGGAAUAAGCCAGCAUUUAUUAGCCUGAAACAUCUGUGACAUGUGUGCAGUUACCGUAUAUAAUAACUUUAAAACGUGUCCCCACUACGUGGAAAAACCCCAAAAACAAAAACACUUGAUACAAAACAAGCUUAUAUUAGAUGCCAGUGGGCAGUUACUUCAGCUUCUGCACAUAGACUUCUAUUAUAAGUGUUUAUAUUGGAUCCUUUCUACAUACAAGGAAAUUGUUGAGUGGUAAUUGACCAUAUGGGACAGUUGCGGCAGAUCGAGAUUAAGUAGCUGGAGUAUUCCUUUAACGGAAGCAUGUAAAGGAGACAGGCGGAAAGCUGGUGAAUGUUAAUCACCACUUUUGCAGUCUCACUGCUAAUUAGAUGAUGGUUUACUGGAUGAAAUGUAGAAACACUGCCACUUGCCGUGUCUUCUUUGGAUCUUCAGUGCUAAAGUGACUCUUUUACCUGCUCUAAAGCCAAAAGUACUGAAAUGUUGUCUUUGUGUCUUUGUGCUCCAUGUUUGAUCACGGUGGGAAAAUGUAAUGACAAAGUAACGGAACUCUUGUAGAGAGUUAAAGAGGUAGUUCAGCAAAAAAAUCAGUUUGUACAAUUUUCUCCUUACCCUCCCUGAACAAAACUGCUGCAACUGUUUUAGAUAGCUGUGUGUACAGUUAUCUGUUUUUAUAGGUAACCGUGUAUCAGAAUAGAGUAGGGCUGAUGUGCUGUAAUAUGAUGUUCUAUAAAGCUGUUGGACAUCAUGAUGAUAUGAGAAGCAAUGAAUUACUGUCAAAAUAAUUUUCUUAUAAAUGAGUAGCAAAAUAGCAUUCAGUAAAAUAAUGAAAAAUUAAUAGCUACUUACACCAAAACUACAUAUUUUAUGUUCACUGUAAGGCUACAAAAGGAAUUAAACGUAGAUUUUUACGACUGAAUAAUUAUACGAGUGACCAUCACUUCUGACCAUCACUUUUGUUUCUACAUUCUGUCGGUUUUAUAAAGUCCACUUACUAUAUAGGUGCACUUUGUAGUACACAGAACACUUUAUUAAAACUUUAUUAAAAUCUCCUUGUAUCUACACUCACUGUCCAUUUUAUCAGCUCCAUGUACCACAAUUACAGACUGUAGUUCAUCUGUUUCUCUGAUACUUUGUUAGCCCCCUUUUACCCUGUUUUUCAGUGGUCAGGACUCCCAUGGACCCUGGAGUCCUGUGGGUAGCAUCCCAUGACCAUUUAAUGAAGGACUAAACAAUCACCAGCACUGCAGCGACUGAACGUCAGCUCUACAAGGUGGACCAACAGAAUUGGAGUGUAUAAUGGAGUGGACAGUGAGUGGACACAGUGUUAAAAACUCCAGCAGCACUGCUGUGGCUGAUCCACUCGUACCAGCACAACACGCACUAACACAC